GAAAUCAACAAAUAGGAUAUUAUCAAAAGUUUGUCUCAGCAAAGAGUCUGACUUAAUCAUGAUUAAAUUUGUCCUGGUAUUGUUUGCUUUGCAAACUUUUGCCAGCACCGAGAGGGUUUGCGAUGACGGAUGGGUACCAUACAAUAAUCAAUGCUACUUUUUCUCUACGAAGGCAGACAUUUUUCCAAACGCAGUGGCAAUUUGUUCCGGAAAGGGGUCAAAUUUGGUAGAAGUAAGAACGGCAGAAGAAGAAGCAUGGAUUUGGCUCCAAAGUCUUAUUCGUCGUUUUAAAAUUUUAUGGAUUGGCCUCACUGAUGUAGUGAAUCAAAAUAAAUAUGUGUAUCCAUCAAGUGGGAGAAAACCCAUUUAUACCAACUGGGAAAAGGGGCAGCCCCAAAUAGGGACCAAUGAGGAUUGUGCAGCCCUCCAAACGGGCAGCAGGAAGUGGCACGACUACCCUUGUCAUCAUAAGAUGCACUACAUCUGCAAAAAACCGGCAAAACAUUUUGCGUAGUUACACCUUGCCUCUGAUAACGCCUUGCAAGAUGAAUAUGUGUCAUUCAGUAAAUUUAAAGCUGUUGCAAAACGACCAUAGGGUCAUUUUAGGCUAGUCAUUUAAGGAACUUUUCAGUUGACUGAAUGGCAGAGCUUUAUCAAAUAGGCGAUAUUUUCACAAUAAAUUUUUGAAA